AUGGGAGAUACAAAAGAAAUCGAAAGAUCUGUACAAAUGCGUUUAUAUGCUUUACAUAAACGUCAAAUAGUUGCUGUUUUUGCGCUUUUCUUUAUCUGUUUAUUAAUUACUACAUUAAUUGGUAUUGCUGGUCCUUCUGUUAUUCAACCAAAUAAUUAUAAAUUAGAAAAUCCACAGAAACAAUUAUCUGGUCCAUAUAAACUUAAAUCAGAUUACCUUGAUACAUUUCAUCAACGUCUUUGGUUAACUAUGAAGACAAUAACUGAUAACAAUGAUGAAUUUCGUCAAUCGAUCAAUGUUACAAUUUCUAUAAAUAACCCAUCUUUACCAUCAAAUCUACAAACAUAUGAACGUCAACGAAUAAUUCACUGUCAAAAACAGGUUAGUAAUAAGAAAUGA